GAACCACUGAUAAUUCCAAUUAACCUCUCAAUGCUUAUUUAAUUUACUGAUGGCUUUAAAGAAUAGAGAAAAAGGAUCAUAAAGAAAAUACAGUUUCAAAAAGAAAAAAAGUUUCAUCCAAAGCUCCAAAAACAAUGACCUGUUAAAACUAAGAUUCAUCUAACUUUUACUCAAUUUAUUUCUUCAUGAACAUAAAUAAAAGAAAUACUUUGAUCUCAUUAAGCUCCUUUUUAGGAUGAUCUUAUCGUUGAAUUUAAAAUUUACGAAAAUGCCAUUAAACCAUAAAAGUUGAUAUUGCAUUUGAAAAUGAAUAGGGUUAGAGAGUUUGCAUAAUUUUAUUCAUUUAUUUUGUAAUAGCAUCAAACCUCGAGCAUUAUAAAAUAUUUUGAGUUCUAACCUUGCAUUCUG